AUGAGCUAUUAUGGGCGCAACUGGGCCCAAGAGUCCCGGGCCCAGCCCCCUCCUCCUUUAGACCCUGAGUCAGUCCAGGCCUCCUCACCUCACAAAGCCAGUCAGGAAAUACCUGGGGGCGCCGGCUUAUGCCGGGAUCAGGGAGAUGGGGAGAGCACACUGGAAGGAACCCCGGGUCCGCUUCAGCGCGCUCAGGUGCAGAUACCGCGGCUAACCAGCGCGGGGCGGGCCAACGUCGCGUCCCGGGAGCCGAUCCCCGGCUCUGACGUCACCCAGUACCUGCCCCGACUGAGAGGGGGCGGGACCAUAGACAGAGGGGAGGGGGGCGGGUCGCCCAUACUGGCCUUCCCAGACCCAGCUCGCAGACCCCGGGUUCCUGCCUCCCCAGGCCCAGCUCUGCUCCUCCACCCCUGUCGCACCACCAGUAGCGAACACUCACCGGCUUCCAGAGCCGUCCCGAGGCUCCGGCCUGGGGAGAAACAGGGGCGGGCGCACAUGAAGCCCCGCCCCCACGAGCUCAGAGCCUUUGCCCUGUGGUUGGGGCUGAGCGCCCGGGGAUCCCAGAGCUGUUUGCAAUGUAUCUCGUCGGUGCAGGAGGCCCUAGGUCACCUGCGCUUCACCCUGGUCCCCGGACGCUUCCACCAGGAGCAGCUGCAGGCCCGAGCUCAGUCACUGUUGCUAGGCAUGGAGGGACCUUUCUUCCGGGACUACGCGCUGAACGCAUUUGUAGGGAAAGUGGGGACAGCCAAACUGGACUCAGUAGCUUCUUUUGUCAAGAAUCAAACGAAGACCUUCUUGGAUGAUUCUCUGAGAGAUGAGCCCCUGCUGGAACAGCUGGUGAUUUUUAGGCGGAAUGUGCUCCAGGAACUCAAAAAAGCUUUGAAAGAAUAUGAAGUCAAAGCUUGCCAUCCCAAAAUCUGCCAUAUGCUACAAGAAGAAGUCUUGGACUGUUUUCUUUGCCAGAAGAUCAUUCCUCAAUGUAUCGGAUAUGAUUAUUGUUUCGUCAAUAGGCAACCCCGCAUGGCCCUGCAAUACAACACCAAGAGUCACUACCCUCAGGACCAGGCUGCGUUGGGCAUCACUAUCUCUGUGUUUCUGUCUGUCUUCCUCUUCGUGGCCAUCUUGAUCUCGGCUUACAUGUACAGGCAAAACCGAAGGCUCCUGCUGCAAUAG